AUGACGACCUUCACUCAGCUUUCGUCGGGCCAACGACCCAAAAUCUCCAUUCACCCAGAUCGAAAGCUGAGCAAGAUCAACGACAACAUCUAUGGCGGCUUCACUGAGCACAUGGGCCGUUGCAUAUAUGGAGGCCUAUACGAUCCUGAGAAUGCUAACAAGAACCUCAUCGAUGAGAACGGAUUUCGGAAAGAUGUGAUCGAAGCCAUGAAAGAGCUCAACGUUCCCGUCGUGCGGUAUCCUGGGGGAAAUUUUGUGGCCACAUACCAUUGGCUCGAUGGCGUCGGACCGCAGGAGAAGAGACCUAGACGUCCAGAAUUGGCGUGGCUUGGGGUGGAAAGCAAUCAGUUUGGGACAGACGAGUUCAUGAAGUGGUGUGAAAUCGUAGGAACAGAGCCAUACUUAGCUUUGAACUUUGGCACUGGUACCCUCGACGAAGCGCUCGCAUGGCUCGAAUACUGCAAUUCAACGCAAGACACCGAGUAUGCAAACUUACGGAGAAAGAAUGGCCGUGAAGAGCCGUACAACGUGAAGUACUGGGCGCUGGGCAACGAGUGCUGGGGUCCGUGGCAAGUUGAACAAAUGACCAAGGAGGAUUACGCCAAAAAGGCAUACCAGUGGGCCAAGGCGCUCAAACUGCUCGAUCCGUCAAUCACUCUGAUCCUCUGUGGUGAGACCGGCCACUCAACCUGGGACUUCUACACGCUGAAAGAAUGUGUGAGAUGGGACCAGCACGCUCUUGGUGCUGGUAACAUCACAGCCAGCUUGAUCGACAUGCACAGCAUCCACAUCUACACCGCCAGCGAUGAUCCGGUCAAGAACUCCGUCGCACCGCGUUCGGCAGAGCGUGCAAUAGAGAUUUGCUCCGGUCUCAUCGAUCUAGCGCGCAUCGAGAACAACGUUCCAGCUUCGGUGCCUCGUCAAACAAUCUGCUUCGACGAGUGGAACGUUUGGGAUCCGCAAAGAGCUCCAGGUGAUCAAGGUGCAGAAGAGCGAUAUACCCUCUCAGACGCAUUAGCGGUUGCCGUCUGGUUGAACGUAUUCAUUCGCCAGAGCAAAUACGUGGGCAUGGCCAACAUCGCGCAGAGCGUGAACGUCAUCUCGCCUCUGAUGACGUCCAAGGAUGGUCUUCUGAAACAGACAACAUGGUCGCCGUUGUUAUUGUUCAGCAAGUAUAUGCGAGGAUGGACCAUUGCGACUCACGUCAGCUGUGAAAGCUAUGAAGGCGAGACGGAUCCGAAGUGGUUGAGAGCGGCCAUGGAUACACCAUGGCUGGACGUGUCCGCCACAUUGAACGAAGGCGGAUGGGUGAGCGUGGUGGUCGUGAAUGUGCACCUGAGGGAGUCCUUUGGCGUAGAAAUGCAAGGGCUGAGUUCGCGAAAUGGUACUGUCAAGGUGUACACGGUUGCUGGAAAGGAGUGGGAUACGGUGAACACGGCUGGAAAGGAGACCAUUGGUAUCGAGGAGGGCGAGUGGGACGCCCAGGGAGAGUACACCUUUCCAAGCUUGAGUAUCACGAUGCUGCGGUGGCAGUUGUGA